CAACAUCCGUGACGACAGCCGGAAGUGUGAAGCAUGCUAGCUGCAAGUACGUGCUGAAUGCCGAGCUAAAACAAAAGCUUCAGUUGCUUUUACAACGUGAGUCAAUUGUUUUUCUAGAGUUUUCUCCGCAGUGAAGUUAGUCAGUGUUCGGCAGAUUCUUGCAUAUCUGUGUGUCUGCGGUGCUGUGACAGAGCCUCGCCUGUGGGAAGAUGUCGUCCGGUCGUGGAGCAUCGUGGACUUUCAUCCCGACCGCGGCGGUGACCGUGUUUCUGCUCAACGCUGUUGUUGUUGCAGAGGCGAAGAACUUUGAGGAUGUUCGCUGCAAGUGCAUCUGCCCUCCGUACAGAAACAUCACUGGCCACAUCUAUAACCGAAAUGUGACCCAGAAGGAUUGUAACUGCCUUCAUGUAGUGGAGCCCAUGCCGGUGCCUGGCCAUGAUGUUGAGGCUUACUGCCUGUUGUGUGAGUGCAAGUAUGAGGAACGAAGCAGCAACACCAUCAAGGUAACCAUCAUCAUUUACCUGUCUGUUGUGGGUGCACUGCUGCUCUACAUGCUGUUCCUGCUCCUGGUGGAUCCUCUUAUCCGCAAACACGACACCUACACCCAGCCUCUGCACAAUGAGGAGGACUCUGAGGAGAUGCGUCCGCAGGUGGACAACAGCCAGGCGAAAGGAAACACAGUUCUGGAGCGGGUUGAGGGAGCACAGCAGCGCUGGAAAAAGCAGGUCCAGGAACAACGCAAGACGGUUUUUGACCGCCACAAGAUGCUUAGUUAAACCCCACAGCUGACCUCAAAACAGGUUUAGAAUAGGUAACUUCAUCUGGCUCAGCACACUGUCAAUCAACCCUUUGCAUUUGAUGUGCACACAUUUGAAUUAACAUUUCCUCUCUAAAAAACAUUUAAACACACUGAUCUAAAAAAGCUGAUAUUUAUUAGACGCAACGCUGCUUUAUUCAACGCUAAGUGGCAGUUUGCACACGAAACGGCAAUUAUACAUGGAAUAUCUUGAUAGUGGGAACUUUAUUGUCUAUUGAGACAAACUGUGAAUAGCCUAUAAGCUUCUUUGUGAUACUUUUUGUUGUUAGCUCCUUGCUAAUAUGGUAUUAUAAUAACAAGCAAUCUUUCUUGUAGCAUGACUUAUGACGUUACCUAAGAAGAGGUACAGCUUUAUGUUUGUGAAUGAUCAGUGGGGUAGAAAGCGCACCCCAUAUGUGCGUUUGCAAAGCAUUGCACAUUUUGUUGUUUAGCACUAAUGAUAAUUUAUUUACACACACACGCACACAAAAACACACAUAUAUAUAUAUACAUAUAUAUAUGUAUAUAUAUAUAUAUACAUAUGGCUCACAAACAUAUACAUAUAUAUAUAUAUAUAUAUAUAUAAAACCCUGGGAAUAUAUGGCUUCAUUUGCACUCAUAAUUUAAGGAAAGGAUUUUACAUUUUUGGCUCUGUAUUUCAAAGCUACUUUUAAUACACCCUUUUCUGUUUUUCUCCUUUUGUCGGUGUGUGUGUGUUGCACAUAACUCCAGUGCAAAAGUUGGCUCUUAAAUGUUUAUUCACAGCUUAAAAAAUGUGACAGGUGGUAAGGUCUACCAAUAGAUUUUGCAAGAUAUGUAUACCAUGCAGCAAGGAAAAGUUAUAUUAAAUCAAUUCCUUUUGGAUUUAUAAAAUCCAACGUCAAAUGGAUCAAAUCCUGCCAGUGAAGAAUAUUCAAAAUCAGUAACGCUGCUGAUAAUGUGUUGAAAUAUUGCAGAAUCAGGAAGCCUCAUGGCUUUGAAGGGCCCUCGUGCAUCAUUGUAUUUCAGUGAAUUUUCACUCCCAUUCUACUACUGAAUUUUUAAUUUUACAAAGAAAUGUACGCUGACAUUACCUCAUGCACAAUGUGAACUGCUGAAGCUUAUUUGUUUAUUUGUAAUGGUUUAUUUCGUCACAUACGUUCUAGGUUGAUUUACCUUUAAUUUAUUAUCACUGGUAACAGUGUUUUGUAUUUAUUUUUCUCUCUCCGGCUUAAACUGGAGUGUUUUGCUGCUUAUGUCUUUACAUUUGGCUUGAUGGUAAACAAUAAAAAGUAAAAAACUC